AUAAAAGAACAAGACCCAGCAGGUAAUCGGAUUAAAACUGGUUUCAUUCAAAUUGAGGCUUUGGAGGGCUGUUGCUGCACUCGGUCACCGGUAGCCGUCCACAGUGGACCUCCUCACUCGCAGGGAAGUAAGGAAAAGUAAAGAGACACAGCCAACAUGCCUGUUGAUCUGAAUGGAUAUUGGAAAAUGAUUUCCAGUGAUAACUUUGAGGAGUACAUGAAGGCUCUUGGUAAGUUUGUAGUCAGUUUGUAACUUUAAAAAACAUGAAUAAUCUUUUAGUAGUCUGAAAAAGUUUGAGAUUUACAUCAUUGUAGAGCUAGACUGUUGUAGACCACACAUUUAUACACAAUGGGAGAAUGCAUGUUUGUUUUGAGAGCACCUUUUCUCGUUCACUGUCACCACAUGAUUGAAAAACACUUACAAAUUUAGACUUGAACGUACGUCUAACUCAAUAUCCUCUUUCUUAUGGUCCUUCCUCCUCUUUUGUUUUUGUCUUUUGACAGAUGUAAAUGUCGCCAUCAGGAAAAUUGCCAACCUGCUUAAGCCUGACAAAGAAAUCACCCAGGAAGGGGACCACAUAAUCAUCAAAACCCUUAGCACCUUCAAGAACUACAAUAUGGACUUUUAUGUUGGCAAAGAGUUCGAGGAGGAUUUGUCAGGAGUGGAUGACAGGAAAUGCAUGGUGAGGAUGUGGAGUGGUGUAUUUAGGGGGAUUGAAUUCAAGAUUUACUGCUGUUUUGAAGCACAAAUUUAAACUGUAGAGCUAAAAUGACAUUGCUUUGAGUUAAAGGACAUGUUGCUUUGACACAUCUCUCAUUGCAAACCCCAUGAUUAAUUGUUUUGGUGGCACCCUUACAGAAUACAACAAGUACAACGGUGUGCAGGGUUUGGCCAUAUUAUAAGAAAUUCCACAGACUUGCAAAAGUUUCCUCAAACUUUUAACACACUUCUCUAUAUUUUAAUGUAUAUUAUAAGUCAGAUACAGCCAGAAUAGACAGACUCCCAUUUGUUGAAUCUGAAAUAAUCACUGGGUUAAUAAUGAGAGGUUUUCUUAAAGUAGUGGAAGCAGCCUGGCUCUCUGCUGACAUGUGUUCAAGUCUGCAUCACAAGUUGCUGAAUUUGAAUAAACCCCUCUUGGGUGCAUCAUGUUUUAUGUUACGUUUCAUUCAUGACCUUUGACCUCAUGCAGACCACCAUCACCUGGGAAGGAGACAAACUGGUGUGUGUGCAGAAAGGAGAGAUUGAAGGCAGAGGCUGGACCCACUGGGUGGACGGAGACGAGCUUCAUCUGGUGAGAAAACAUUGGCUCCUGACAAGAAUAUUAAUGGACACAAUUUAGACACUUUAAUCCAAAUCCAGAACGCCUCUCAGCGCUGUAUGUGCUGCGCAUAUAUUUUUAUGUGUGACGGACUCAUAAAUUGGCCUGAAAGCUGCAGCAGUGGUAAUUCUGUGAGGUGCAUGCACACAGAGAAACUAUUCAUAAAAGUUAUGAGAGGUGUGCGGAUGUGACUCAUGCACGGCCAAAUAAGUCUUAUCAUAUCUGCAUGAGGAAGGAUCUCUCAAGUAAGAAAAGAAGGCCUUGCAGAUUGCAACAACAUGAUUCAAAAGAUUAGUAUACACCGAGAGAGAAAAUCCAUCCAGAUUUGCUUCUCAUUCAUCUUUAACCAUUAGUGAUCAUUAGACCUCUGGUGCGAUCUUGACUAUUCCAAUUAAAUUUCUGUUGCAAAGACUUCAUUAACUUUUUUCUUUUGAAUACCUCUGUGAAGUUCACAGUGUGGCCUAUUAUGAAAGCAUUAGCAUCUUAAAAGACUUUAAAGUAAUGACUAGCGCAUUACCAUUUUCAUUGGCUCCGCAUUAUCAGAUUUCCCUCUCUGUGAUUACUGCUGUGAAAGCAAAGCUCAAAUAAUCUGCCAAAUUAUUGUGUUAAAAUGAUGCCAACAGAUGUUUUUGAUCAGCAGCCGUGAAAUUAGUUAUUAGUUGAAAGCUCCAAAGAGCUGGAGGAGGGUCUGAAUGUGAAGCCACAGUACCCUCUGGUGGUGAUAUAGAUAUUGCAAAAGUGAACAAAAAGAAAAGUAAUGCUAUAUAUACACUGUCCUUUUCCACUUUACUAUUGAUUGAACAAGCCUUAGCCCAACCAUCUAUGACCAAUGUUGCUUAGUCUGACCACUUUCCCUUUUUUUGUUACUUUAGGAUUCAGUUAAAAGAAAAAAAAGAUUUAUUUUUUUUAAAGAAAAUUAAUUUUAAUUAGAAAAAUGAAUGAUCUACAAUGUAAACUUUGUUAUUUACUAUGUGAGGAAAAUUGGCUGCUGUUAGAAACAUAUUAUCUUAUCUGAUUAAUAAAAAGAUGAAGGUGUGGUAAGUUAUGCAUUAUACCUUUAUACAAAGGAAAAAACAACACCUUUUGAAUUUUGGGUUUAAUAACACAUUUACACAUUAAAAAUAUAUACAUAUAUAAAGUGCCCCCACAAUAUGUACAGUCUAUCUUAAAGGAAACAUUAACUACUGUAUAAUAUCUGUUUUCUUCUAUUCAAUAAACAUAUUUUACAAUGCCAGAACAGUAAAUAUUCAGACAUAUAGUAGAAACUAGCUAAAAUACUACUUACAUUCUCCACUGUUGAAAAUCACACUAUUUCCUGUGUAAUGUUCAUCCUACAUUGUACAACUCUUAUCAUCUACAGGUCUGUAUACACUAUAAUAUACAUUGUUUACAUGGCAUAUACAUUCCCUACAUUAGAAUAAAAACACAUAAAUCACUUGAGAUACUUUAUCCACUUUCCAAAAUAUAGAUAUAUUAAGGCCUAAAUCGUACAACAUUAUUUACUGUACAACAUUCACUUCCCUUCUACAUAAUCUACUCUAAAUUAUACAUGAAAUUUAUAGUAAGCUAUUUACUGAUAUAUUCUCUGCUAUUUAAAACACAUUAUUUACUUUGUAAUCUACAUCAUCUGUCUUGCAGUAUUUGUCAAAUGCUGUCCCAUGUUCAUAUAUAUAUAUAUAUAUAUAUAUAUAUAUAUAAUUUACCAUGCAAUGUACAUUAUCUGCUGUGCAAUAAAAAAUACCUCCUAUGCCGUCUUUAAUCUAAACCGGUGAAUUCCAUGUCCUUUUUUUGUUUUUUCUUUUAGUCAUGGUUUCAUUCUCUGUUUUUAUUUUUUUAUUUUAUUUUAUUUUUUUUUAUAUCAAAACUUUAAAUUGUCUUCUUUUGUUUUCAGGAGCUGAGAGCUGCAGGAGUCGUUUCCCAUCAGGUUUUCAAGAAGACCUAAACCAGCCCCUACAUAACUGGACGGUGACCAAUUCUUAGAUUGGCUUACAGAGUUACAACAGACAAAUACAACUUCCCUUUCCAAGUUAUGUGAUAUAUAACUGCCUCACAUAACUGCCUUCUGACUGAAUUCUUGUACAGUGCGAUAAAGGGCAGAUCCAGCCGUGUAUCAUAUAUUAUAAUUAAAUGCCAGGCUGUAUAUUGUGUGUCUCAGGGUGGUUUAUCUGUUGACUAAACAAAAUUAGGUGUUUAGGAUGCAUUCACACUGCUACUGUGAUUUAAAUUGAUCUCAUAGGUGAGCCUUGAAAACUGAGAAGUAUUGGAUGCAGUGAUGCCAAGAGAGCAGAGAUAAUACAAAUUGAAACGUUGACCCCAUGUAAGUUCUUUGAAUGAUUUCUAUAAUGACCAUUAAGUGUGUUGGGGGGUUUAAAUCUCUUAGUCUUGCUGACAAAAUGGAUAUCAGAUGUACAUACACCCAAAUAUUUUCCUAGUGUCUUUGAGACAUUGAUAGUAAAGUGAAGAAUCAAUAAAGUAAGCAGUGCAACAAAA